AUGGUUAUUAUAACGGAAUUGUUGAGCGAGGCCGAUGCAGUUGCGGUUCCGGCGUACUGCAAGAGUGGACCCUCUUUCAACGGGAUUUGCCCGGAAACGGACUGUGAUGGCGGUGACGGCUUCUGUUAUUGUAUGGAUUGCGACGCCGCGUGCCAGGCGUGCAAAUCGCUUUGCACUACGAAAGGUCCUACCACCACCGCCUAUAUCACCACAAUCGCUCCAACGACUGCAGGAAACUGCAUCGACAACAACAAGAAUUGUGCCGUCUGGGUGAAAUCGGGCUUCUGCGAGAACAACCAGUACACCUGGCAACAACGAAAAGACUACUGCGCGAAAAGUUGCGGACUUUGCAAUUGUGUGGACACGACCAAGGAUUGCGCCGAUUGGAUCAAGAACGGCUUCUGCACGAACCCAAAGUACACCGAUGAGGAGAAGCGGAAGUAUUGUGCUCUCAGCUGCGGGCUUUGCAAUGCCCCCACAGGAGCGACAACUUUGCUUACAACCCCUGGCGUUUGCAAGGACAAUUCCCCAAACUGCCCGGACUGGGUGAAGAACGGCUUCUGCACGAACCCGCAGUACGACGACGAGCAAAAGCGGAAAUUUUGCGCGAAAAGCUGCAAUUUGUGC